GAUGCACUGAAACGACCCGGAAGUUGUGGAAAUUUCAGGCGCGGAACACCCGGAAGUAAUCUACCCCCAUGCGAGCAGGAAUCGUUACAGCUACGAAGGGAGUUGAAACGUGAAGCUAUAUAUUAGGCCGAAUUCAUCUAUUGGCAAUCAUGAGUUUGUUAACUAAGCCCAAGUCGGAAAUGACCCCAGAAGAACUCCAGAAACGUGAAGAGGAAGAAUUCAACACAGGCCCCCUCUCUGUGCUCACCCAAUCUGUCAAGAACAACACGCAAGUUCUCAUUAACUGUCGCAACAACAAAAAGUUGCUUGGAAGAGUCAAGGCUUUUGACAGGCACUGCAACAUGGUUUUGGAGAAUGUAAAGGAGAUGUGGACUGAAGUUCCCAAGAGUGGAAAAGGAAAGAAGAAGUCUAAACCAGUGAAUAAGGAUCGCUAUAUCUCGAAAAUGUUUCUUCGAGGGGACUCUGUCAUUGUUGUGCUCAGAAAUCCUCUCAUCACAGGAAAAUGAACUGAAUGUUGGCCUGUGAAUUCCCCCCCAGUUUGUGUGUCUGCCCAUUUUGUGGAAGCAAGUUUUUUUGUACUUUUUUUUUUUUUUUUUUUUUUUUUAAUCCUUCCUGAUUGCAAGACACAGGGCCCAAAUAAAGUUGGGCUUUUGAUUUGUCGACAAGGUUUCUGUAUUUUUUUCAUUUUAGUAAUAAAAGUGAUCAUCAUUGUAUAGCUUUUUGUUGUCCCUGGUUUGGUAUUUCUCUAAUAUCCAUCAUAAUUUCUGAAACGCAGACGUCGACCUUGUGCAUGGUACAUUGUUUCUUGUUCUAACUCUUCAAUGUCUCUAUGAUAUUUACAUCACUAAAUGUAUCAAAGAGGGCAACGACCCUCCUCCCACAAUCACCACUUGUCUCUCCCUUGACAGAAUCCUGUGUCAGGCUUGAUUUCAGUUGCCACAGCUCAAUAUGUGACAAACUGCAGUUAAAAAUUUGCUGCAUUAUUUAUAAAACCAGAAGUGCGGACUAUCCCUUCACACCCUUGAUCUGUUGAUGACAUUGUCUCAACCCCACAGGUUUUAUUACUUUAAAACAAUUAGUACUAACAUUGUUGCGGAACUUCCUACAUCUUAAACAGAAUUAGCAUUUUAACU